UUCGCCCGACUUUGGAAAGUCGCUGCCUGAGGUUGGGCUCGGACUGGCUGCCAUCUUGGCGGAAGGAUUGAGGAGCUGGCACCGCCGCCCUAACCGAUUCAAGGCCCAGCCCAUAUUAUGGCUGGCAGUGGGCCAAGAUCAGGAACUGUCAGUGGAUUUGCCAUGAAAUCACAGCUUCAGAUUACUGUUAUCUCAGCAAAAUUAAAAGAAAAUAAAAAUAAAUGGUUUGGACCUAGCCCUUAUGUGGAAGUCUCAGUAGAUGGACAGUCAAAGAAGACAGAAAAAUGCAACAAUACAAAUAGUCCGAAGUGGAAGCAAUACCUUACAGUAAUUGUCACUCCUGUCAGUAAAUUAAACUUUCGAGUCUGGAGCCAUCAGACAUUAAAGUCUGAUAUUCUACUGGGUAGUGCUACUCUGGAGAUUCAUGAGACAUUGAAAUCAAACAAUAUGAAACUGGAGCAGGUGGUUGUGACAUUGCAGCUUGUCGGUGACCGAGAACCAGCAGAGGUGAUAGGAGACUUGUCUGUUUGUCUGGAUGGGAUGCAGGUAGAUCCUGAGCUCCUAACUAAUGGUGAUGCCACAAGUAUAAGAAGUCCCACGCAGAACGAUGGUUCCAGAGCAAGAAACGACACAAGGGCUAAUGCAAAUGGCCUUGAAAGCUAUGAGGAUGCAGGAUCCAGUGAAAGCAGGACUGUUAAUGGCAGUGAUUCGCCAGUACUCACAAAUGGAGUCUUUAAACCUGCUAGGCCCCCCAGGCCCUCCCGACCACCUCCACCCACUCCUCGUAGACCCUCUUCUGCAGCUGGCUGUGUCAAUGGUCCUUCAUCUAUGUCCAUAGAAAAUGAUGAGUCCAGUGCAGGAUCCUCACCAAGUACAACUCCAAAUGCACCUUCAGAACAGAGCCCUGAGGGAGCAACAGCUGGAACAACAGUUCCUGCAGCUUCCGCUUUGACCACGCCUCCAGUAUCCAGACAAGUCCAGCCAGUAAAUCCUCCAUCUCAGCCACACAGUACUGUCAGUCAAGGUCCUCUUCCACCUGGAUGGGAGCAAAGAGUGGACCAGCAUGGUCGAGUAUACUACGUAGAUCACGUUGAAAAAAGGACAACGUGGGAUCGGCCAGAACCUCUUCCCCCAGGCUGGGAACGACGAGUUGACAACAUGGGGAGAAUUUAUUAUGUCGACCACUUCACUAGAACGACAACAUGGCAACGACCAACAUUGGAAUCUGUCCGGAAUUAUGAGCAAUGGCAACUUCAACGCAGUCAGCUUCAAGGAGCUAUGCAACAGUUUAAUCAGAGGUUCAUAUACGGGAACCAAGAUGUUACCCCCACACAGAAUGCAGAGUUUGAUCCUCUUGGCACCCUGCCACAUGGAUGGGAAAAGAGAACUGACAGCAAUGGCAGAGUGUAUUUUGUCAAUCACAACACACGUAUCACUCAAUGGGAAGACCCCAGAAAUCAGGGUCAAUUAAACGAGAAACCCUUGCCAGAGGGCUGGGAAAUGAGAUUUACUGUGGAUGGCAUUCCCUAUUUUGUGGAUCACAAUAGAAGAACUACAACGUAUAUAGAUCCCCGCACUGGAAAAUCUGCUCUAGACAAUGGGCCCCAGAUAGCCUAUGUGCGUGACUUCAAAGCGAAGGUCCAGUAUUUCCGGUUCUGGUGUCAGCAACUGGCUAUGCCACAACACAUAAAGAUUACAGUGUCCAGAAAGACAUUGUUUGAGGACUCAUUUCAGCAGAUAAUGAGCUUCAGCCCUCAGGAUCUGCGAAGACGCUUGUGGGUCAUUUUUCCUGGAGAAGAAGGUUUAGAUUAUGGAGGUGUUGCAAGGGAAUGGUUCUUUCUGUUGUCACAUGAAGUGUUGAACCCAAUGUAUUGCCUAUUUGAAUAUGUAGGGAAGGAUAACUACUGCUUACAGAUAAACCCAGCUUCUUACAUUAAUCCAGACCACCUGAAAUAUUUCCGUUUUAUUGGCAGAUUCAUUGCCAUGGCUUUGUUCCAUGUGAGAUUCAUAGAUACAGGUUUCUCUCUGCCAUUCUAUAAGCGUAUCCUAAACAAGCCAACAGGACUCAAGGAUUUAGAAUCUGUUGAUCCAGAGUUUUACAACUCUCUCAUCUGGGUAAAAGAAAACAAUAUUGAAGAAUGUGGCUUGGAAAUGUAUUUCUCAGUGGAUAAAGAAAUUCUAGGUGAAAUAAAGAGCCAUGAUUUGAAACCUAAUGGUAGCAACAUUCUGGUCACAGAAGAAAAUAAAGAAGAAUAUAUUAGGCUGGUAGCAGAAUGGAGACUCUCCCGAGGUGUUGAAGAACAGACACAAGCUUUCUUUGAAGGCUUCAAUGAAAUUCUUCCACAGCAGUACUUGCAGUACUUUGAUGCCAAGGAACUAGAGGUGCUUUUAUGUGGAAUGCAAGAGAUUGACUUGAAUGACUGGCAGAGACACACCAUCUAUCGGCACUACACCAGGACGAGCAAACAGAUUAUGUGGUUUUGGCAGUUUGUGAAAGAAAUCGAUAAUGAGAAGAGAAUGCGACUAUUGCAGUUUGUUACAGGAACAUGCAGAUUACCAGUUGGAGGAUUUGCUGACCUCAUGGGGAGCAAUGGACCCCAAAAGUUUUGUAUUGAAAAAGUUGGAAAAGAAAACUGGUUACCUAGAAGUCAUACUUGUUUCAAUCGCUUGGACCUGCCACCCUACAAGAGUUAUGAGCAGUUGAAGGAAAAAUUAUUAUUUGCAAUUGAAGAAACAGAAGGAUUUGGGCAAGAGUAAUCACAUGUGUGAAUUUGCACCCUGAAGAACAUGAACUGGUGUGAUGUACGUUCUUCACUUCCUCUGCUUGUUGCACAUCUCAUUGUAAAGUAAACUUGACUAGGAUUUAUUUAAACAAUUACUAGUGUGUAAGUAAAUGGAUGUUAUCCUGAGACUUUACCCCCACUAACUCUGGAUUUCUACAGAGCC